CCCACGAGCAGCUCCAGAACUCUCAUUUCCCCUCCUAGUGUUGCCUAUUGAAAACCAGAAAGCUUCGAACGCUUCGGAAAAAAUUCCCUGUAGAGCAAUAACCGAAUGGCAGAAGAGCACCGAGAAGAACAAGGCGGUGAAGAGACUGGCCGCCUUCAAAUUCCGACGGGGCGGGUCAAGAAAAUCAUGAAACUCGACAAGGACAUCAAGAAGGUCAGUUCAGAAGCCCUGUUUCUCAUCUCCAGAUCCACGGAGCUCUUCAUCGAAUUCCUUGCCGAGAGAUCGGCGGAAGUCGCAGUACAGAAGAAGAGGAAAAGUGUAAAUCUAGAGCACUUUCGGGCUGCCGUGAAAAAGCACCGGCCGACCAGUGAUUUCCUCCUGGAUUCUCUUCCCAUGCCUUCCGAACCCACAGGCAAACCAUUGAAAGGUAGCGGCAAUCGGUCCAACGGGAUGAAAAAUUCUGCUGGGACACGAAAAAUCGACGCUUUCUUUUUGAAAUACACUUAGGUUUGUGUUCUUUGAAUUAUUAUUUUUUUGCUAGAAUUACAAUUUUUGUUUAUGAUUAGGUUUGUGCCUUUUUUAGAAGGGGACUUGAAUAUUAACGUCCUUGUUCCAGAUGGAUUAUUCUUAAUUCUCCAUACUUAGAGAAGAUUGUGACAAAUUAAUCAAUAUCCAUUAUCAGUUAAGUUGCAG